AUGGAAAUUAAUGAUAUGAGUAGUGAAGAUUUUCCUUCUAUUGCUUCCUCUUUAGAUUUACAAACACCUGCAGUAGCAUCAACAUUAUCGGAGAAGGAGGAAAUUAAACAAUUAGAUUCGAAUGUUGCAACGGAACAAGAAAAUAUAAUAGAACAAUCAAUGUCAUCAUCGAUGGAAAAUUAUCCAACACUCUAUCAAACCUUGGAGGAUUAUCUAUUUCGUGAUUAUCAAGUGGAAAGUAAUUUGAAAGAAUUGGAUAUCAUGGAGAAUGCACUCACUUCAAUGAAUACCACAAGUGCCAAUCAAAAAGUUCAAAUACAGAAGAAAUUGAAAAAGAUUAGAAAAUUGAAAACCUUCCUCAAUCAGUAUCAGAUUGUUUGUAGGAAUUUUCUGCAGUCAGCUAAAAUGAAUUCCCUCUCUGAUGUCAGUAUUGAAGGAAUACUUGCUAAUAAUAAGGUGAAACAAGUAGGAUUGGAAGGUCACGUUGAAUCUCUUCAUCAAGCAUUUCACAACAAAUUUGUACGUGAAAAUCUGCUACCAUUCAUAAGGAAAUCACUCCUUCAACAAGCCAAACAAAAUGUAGAACGAGAUAAACUCUAUCAAUCCAUUGGAACAACAGAGGAAUUGUUGCUCUUGUAUCAACUCAAACACGGAAGCAAUCCGAAAUUACAACUUUCCAAAGAUUAUAUUAUGGAGAAUGCAGAUAGAAAAUUGAGUAAUUAUAUGAAAGAAAUUGAUGAAUGUUUCAAUUCGCUUAAUAAAUAA